AGUGGCUGAGUUCACACACCCGCGCGCACAUAUUCCAUUGAACUUCCUCCUCAGCUCAGCUGUCAAAGCGUCUACACACCAUUGCUCGAGGUAGCAAUAUCAUAUUUUUUUUGUUUAGGAUAUCAGACAGGGCUUAAUCUGAGAUGGAGGGCCAGCGCUGGUUACCACUGGAAGCCAACCCAGAGGUUAUGAACCAAUUUUUACGGCAACUUGGCUUGGUACCCACCUGGCAGUUUGGGGAUGUGUACGGUUUGGAAGCUGAAGUUCUCAGUUUGGUGCCAAGGCCUGUUUGUGCUGUACUUUUGCUCUUCCCUAUAACAAAGAAGUAUGAAACCUUUAGACAGGAGGAGGAGGCAAAAAUUAAGGCACAAGGACAAGCGGUGUCCUCAGAUGUGUACUUCAUGAAACAAACCAUCGGCAAUGCUUGUGGUACAAUAGGGCGGAAUUCUUUUUUUACAGAGCCCAAUUCACCACUUCAGGCAUUUUUACUGCAGUCUGCAAAGAUGAGCCCAGAAGAAAAGGCAACUUUCCUUGAAAAAGAUGAGAGUAUCCGAGUAACACAUGAGUCAAGUGCUCAGGAAGGACAAACAGAGGCUCCAAGCUUAGAUGAAAAAGUGGAUUUGCAUUUUAUUGCCUUUGUAAAUGUUGAAGGACAUUUAUAUGAACUGGAUGGACGCAAACCUUUUCCAAUUGUUCAUGGGGAAACCACAGAGGACACAUUUCUUGAGGAUUCUGCAGAGGUCUGCAAGAAGUUCAUGGCACGUGAUCCCCAGGAGCUCCGUUUCACUGUGGUGGCUCUUUCCAAAGCAUAAAGUUUCUUGUUAUUUUACCCAAGAGAAAAAACUGCCUAUCAUUCAGAAGUGCUGAAUACUUUAAACCUUUAUAGGUUCAAUUUUGACUUUGAAUAAGAAAAGUUUGUUAAAGGUUUUGACCAUAACCGACAAAGCAAAUGAGAAGCAAAUUAGCUAAUAAUAAAAAAAUGUACAUGCACAAAAUGUUGUAUCUGCAUGUUUACAACUCUCUGAUUUAAAUAAUGUUUGUUAAUUUCUCUAAAAUUAUAAAAGUUCAUGGCACGGGAUCCCCAGGAGCUCUGUUUAAAAUCUGUUUUCUUGAUGUUAAUAUUAAUUCAUCUAAUGGUGGUGUUCUUUUUUUCUGCCAGAAAACAUCCAUUUAAAAUAAAAGUUCUCCUGUUGAAUAUGUAGACUUAUAUUUUGACACAAAAAUGCUCUUUUAACAGAAGUGUGUCAGUGUGCCAAUGUGUCAUUGCAUAUGGUGCCCUACUUCUAAAUACCGUUUUCUCAAGAAUACAGCAAAAAUUCAGAUGAAACUAAAACAAUAAAGAACAAAUGUUUUCA